AUGGAACCUGGUUCUGUACCGUGGCAGGAUACUGUUCUACAACUAGAUCACUGGUGCUUGUUGUUAACUUCAGUUACGUUCAUUUUUGCUGGGGUUGUGAAGGGUCAUGAAGGGAAGUUCUCCAUUUACAUCCACACGUUCAAGGAACGUCCAAUUCACAUCAGCCCUCAUUUUUAUGAUCGAGAAAUCCAUAGUGAUGAGGUCACUUGGGGAAGAACUUCAAUGGUUGAUGCUGAGAAGAGGUUACUGGUUAAUGCUCUCGAGGAUCCUGAGAACCAACACUUUGUUCUUCUUUCAGAGAGUUGUAUACCGUUGCAUACUUUUGACUACACUUAUAGAUAUUUGCUAUACUCCAACGUCAGCUUCAUCGAGAGUUUUGUGGAUCCUGGUCCACAUGGGACUGGUAGACACAUGGAACACAUGCUACCUGAAAUUACCAAGGAAAAUUUUAGAAAGGGUGCUCAGUGGUUCACAAUGAAGCGAGAACACGCGGUUAUAGUGAUGGCUGAUAGUCUAUACUACUCAAAAUUCAGCAAGUAUUGUGGUGUAAGUUUUGCAACUGAAAAGGUUCUCCCUUCUCUUUGUUCUGAUUCUGACAUUGUAUAA